GGUCUCAAGGAUUGUCACAGAUUUAAUUAGCCUUGGACCCCAAUAUAUAUCUGAAAUUCAGUUCGUUAAAUCAUAAAGAUAAAUCAUCUUCCAUAUUUCAUGCGUUUGAUAUUAACCAAGCUAUUUGAUUUAUUCUCAAGAUACAUGCAGAAAAGCAUGUUUCAGCAAGUUACUAUGAUCAAUAUUCUCUUGUUGGUUCCACUGGCAGCCCUUUUUUACUCCAACUCUGCCGCUGCCUCCACCGCCACCACAAAGCCGGGCUGCCAAUCGAAGUGCGGAGACUUAAGUGUUCCCUACCCUUUUGGAAUUGGACUAGGAACAAACUGUUCAAUGGGCUUAUGGUUUGAUAUAAACUGCAACACCACUUUCAACCCCCCGAAGGCUUUCAUUGGAACCGGAAACCUCGAAAUUAUCAGCAUAUCUGACGAAAAAAUACGUAUCAAGAAUUGGGUGGCGGCCAGGUGCUAUAGCCAAACUGGUAACAUAACCCGCAAAAACCCCGCAUGGAUCAACUUCACCGGAACUCCUUACACCUUUGCUGAUUUGAACAAGUUCACGGUAGUGGGCUGCGAUGAUCUGGCAAUUAUUGUUGGCACAAGUGGCCGGAAUUUCACCAGUGGCUGUCUGUCUGUUUGUUUGGAACGUGAAGAUUUGAUUGACGGGUCUUGUACAGGUAUUGGUUGUUGCCAGACUCCUAUACCAAAAGGCCUAAAGGCUUUUUCUUCUACACUUUUAAGCAUCCGUAAUCAUACAGGAGUCUGGUCCUUUAAUCGCUGUGGUUAUGCUUUUCUUGGAGAUCAGGAUAUCUUUAAAUUUCGGACGUCCGAUUUUUCUGAUGAAAAGUUUCAGAGUAGAACAACUGAAAACGUUCCAAUAGUGAUUGAUUGGGCUAUUGGGAAUCAGAGUUGCAGUGAGGCUACGAAGUCCGCUGAUUAUGCUUGUCUUGAGAACAGUGUUUGUGUUGAUUAUGACACGACUCGUGGUGGAUACCGCUGUAAUUGCUCGACAGGAUACAAGGGCAAUCCGUAUCUAAGUCCAGGCUGCACAGAUAUUGAUGAAUGUGAGAACAAUCCAUGCGAUGAAAACGGGAUUUGUAAUAAUAGUCCAGGUAGCUUCAGCUGUUCCUGCAAACAUGGAUACUACGGCGAUGGCAAAAAAGAUGGCCGUGGUUGCAUUGCUGAGAAUUCCCAGUUCCCAGUAAUCAAGUUCUCACUAGGUUUCAGCUCGGUCUUCGUGUCAGUAAUAAUUGCCAUGACAUGGCUAUAUUUUAGCAUCCAAAGAAGGAAGCUAGUCAGAAUGAGAGAAAAAUUCUUCCACCAAAAUGGUGGGUUGCUUUUGAAGCAGCAAAUUUCAUCAAAUGGAGUAGAAUCUACCAAAAUAUUUUCUGCCGAAGAACUUGAAAAGGCCACCAACAAGUAUGCUGAAGAUCGGAUUCUUGGCAGAGGUGGCUACGGUAUAGUCUAUAAAGGAAUUCUAUCUGAUGAACGUGUAGUUGCAAUUAAGAAGUCGAGAGUAAUGGAUCAAGGCCAAAUCGAGCAAUUCAUUAAUGAGGUUGUUAUCCUUACUCAGGUUAACCAUCGAAAUGUGGUGAAAUUGUUGGGAUGUUGUUUGGAGGCUGAAGUUCCUCUUCUCGUAUAUGAAUAUGUUUCAAAUGGUACACUUUUUCACCAUAUACAUAAUAGUGGGGAGAUGCCUUGGUUUUCUUGGGAAAAUCGGUUAAAAAUUGCUGCUGAAGCAGCUGGUGCAUUAGCGUAUCUUCAUUCUGCGGCUUCUAUGCCUAUUAUUCAUCGUGAUGUCAAAUCAAGCAACAUAUUAUUAGACAACGUGUAUACUGCUAAAAUAUCUGAUUUUGGAGCUUCGAGAUUGGUUCCCUUAGACCAAACACAAGUAACAACACUAGUUCAAGGUACUCUAGGCUAUUUAGAUCCUGAGUACUUCCACACGAGCCAAUUAACCGAGAAAAGUGAUGUCUAUAGCUUCGGGGUGGUUCUUGCCGAACUUAUGACAGGAAAGAAACCUCUUUCACCUACGAAAUCUGAAGAAGAGAGAAACUUGGCUACAUACUUCAUUAUGUCCAUUAAAGAAAACAGAUUUUUUCGAAUUCUUGAGUCUCGAAUUUUGAGGGAAGGUAGCUUGGAACAACUGCAAACUGCUGGUGAGUUAAUAAAAAGAUGCCUCAACUUGAAGAGUGACGAAAGACCAACAAUGAAAGAAGUGGCCAUGGAGUUGGAAGGAUUAAGGAAAUACACAAAACAUCCUUGGAAUCAACAAGGAAAUGCUGAAGAAAACAUGGCGUUGUUGAGUGAACAAUCAGACCUAUAUGAUAUCACAAUAACAGGUCAAGAAUUUACAACUUCUGGACAAGGUAGUUUGUAUAUUGAUAUGAUAUACCCUAGCAACAAUCCUCGUUAACGAUUUUUUAAGACAUUAAUUAUUUUGGCACUUGUUUAAUACUUUUGUCAUAUGAAUGAGCAUCUAUAUAUGUGUCAAGUAUCCCA